AUGGUCCUGGGCUUCAUGCUUCUGCUGCUGGUGGGGACGGGGAAUGUUUUGGGGCUGGGGGUGUCAGGACACAGCUCCACAUCAGUAACCACAUCCCUGCUGUGCACAGCCUGCAGGGCCCAGCCAAUGCUGACCCAGCCAGCUGCCAUACGGGUGCUGCCAGGGGAGACCGCCCGGCUGUCCUGUGUCCUCAACCCCCAGUACAACAUCAGCAAUUUUGGCAUCACCUGGUACCAGCAGCGCCCGGGGCAGGCCCUGAGCUACCUGCUGUACUACAACUCGGAGCAUGACAAGCACAAGCCUGCCAGCAUUCCUGACCGCUUCUCUGCUACCAAAGACCUCGCCCGCAAUGCCUGCAUCCUCAUCAUCGCAGCUGCCCAGGAGGAAGACAGCGGCCGCUAUUUCUGCUCGCUGCCCCUCACCAUCAACUGGCUGUAGAAACAGGGAGCAAACCCAGCUGGCUCACCCCAUGCAAAUACGGCACGAUGCUCUCAGCAGAAUGGCAGCUGUGGAACGAAGGGACAAGGCCUCCCUGCAGGCUGAGUAUCUGGCAUGGUUUAAUGACGGUAAUAUAUGUUAUAAGUACAAUAAACGUAAUAAAAUGUG